GGCUGUGGGAUUACCUCCUACACUCGAAUUUAGACAACACAGAGCGUAGAUCCCUAAACACCCCCACACCUCCGUACUGUCACACAAGACACCCCCAAACAACAUGUAUUGAAGCCCAUUUUAGCUGCUUGAAUAGACAACAAGUAUGCUAUGUCACUGCCUGCCUCUGACUCCGCACGGAAAAGUGCACUGAGCAGCCUAGCCCCUCGUGCGGGCUCACCCAGACUGAAUGUUGCAGAACGUUAGCAUUUCAUUUCACCUUGUAAUUAAAAUAAGGGCAUAAGCUAUGGAUUAAGCUCCGCUACGGAACCCCGCCAUUGAAAAAUAAGAAGUGUUUAAAAUCGCUGGGAGCUUCGCACCCAUGUCUGAAACUUGGAAAUGACAUCUCACGAGGGAUUGUUUUGUACAGUAAAUGAAAAUUGAAGACGCAUUGAAGUCUGAACACAAGCUCUGUUCUGCGCAGUUUUUGUUGGGUUUUUUUUUUUCAGCAAUAGCUAUGCAUACAGACAACGGGUUUCAUGGCGGAUCUUGAAGUUUUUAAAAAUCUCAGUCCCGAGAAAGUUGAACGAUGUAUGAGCGUCAUGCAGUCGGGGACCCAAAUGGUCAAGCUGAAGAGCGGGUCGAAGGGGCUGGUCCGCCUGUUCUUCCUGGACGAGCAUCGAUCCUGCAUCAGGUGGAGGCCUUCAAGAAAAAGCGAGAAGGCGAAGAUUACGAUCGACUCUCUGUACAAGGUCACAGAGGGCAGACAGUCCGAAAUCUUCCAUCGCCAUGCAGAUGGAAACUUUGAUCCCAGCUGCUGCUUCACUAUUUACCAUGGAAAUCACAUGGAGUCUCUGGAUUUGGUGACCUCUAACCCAGAGGAAGCCCGCACAUGGAUCACAGGCCUCAAGUACCUGAUGGCUGGGAUCAGUGAUGAAGAUUCCCUUGCAAAAAGGCAACGAACCCACGAUCAGUGGAUGAAGCAAACCUUUGAGGAAGCUGACAAGAACGGAGAUGGUCUGCUGAAUAUUGAAGAGAUUUACCAGCUGUUGCAUAAAAUGAAUGUUAAUCUGCCCCGGAGGAAAGUCAGGCAGAUGUUCCAGGAAGCCGAUACAGAUGAACAGCAAGGAACCCUGACCUUCGAGGAGUUCUGCGUUUUUUACAAGAUGAUGUCCCUCCGAAGGGAUCUCUUCCUGUUGUUCAUGUGUUUCAGUGACAAGAAGGAUCACCUCACUGUUGAAGACUUUGCUAACUUCCUCAGAACAGAACAGAAGAUGAACAACGUGACGACCGAAUAUUGUCUGGAUAUUAUUGAUAAGUUUGAAGUCUCUGAAGAAAACAAAGAGAGAGAUGUUUUAGGGAUUGAAGGGUUUACGAGUUUUAUGCGAAGCCCUGCCUGUGAUAUCUUCAAUCCAUUGCAUCACCAAGUCAACCAGGAUAUGGACCAGCCACUGUGUAAUUAUUUUAUUGCUUCUUCGCACAAUACCUACCUGACUGGAGACCAGCUUCUCUCUCACUCCAAGACUGAUAUGUAUGCCUGGGUUCUACAGGCAGGCUGCCGCUGUGUGGAAGUGGACUGCUGGGAUGGUACUGAUGGUGAGCCUGUGGUUCAGCACGGAUACACCCUGACUUCAAAAAUCUCUUUCAAAGCCGUGAUUGAAACCAUCAACAAAUACGCCUUUGUGAACAAUGAAUAUCCAGUCAUCCUUUCAAUUGAAAACCAUUGCAGCAUUCAGCAGCAGAAAAAGAUUGCUCAGUACUUGAAGGAAAUAUUUGGAGAGAAGCUGGAUCUCGUUGGCAUUUUCACUAGGGACUCCAAACAGCUUCCAAGUCCAAACAUUUUAAAGGGCAAGAUACUUAUUAAGGGCAAAAGGCUGCCACCAUGCCUGGCUGCCGACGCGGAGGAAGGGGAGGUUUCAGAUGACGACAGUGCCGAUGAAAUAGAGGAUGACUUCAAACUGAAGCACAGCAGUAGCAAUGGCACAAGUGAACACCAGGUGGAAUCCUUUAUACGAAAGAAGCUGGACUCCCUGUUGAAAGAAUCUCAGAUUGGAGACAAGGAGGAUUCUGACAGCUUUUCUAUAAGGGCCUUACUGAGGGCAACACAUGAAGGUUUAAACAUGAAUCUCAGACAGAAUUCACUUCAUAAAGAAAGUGGAAAAAAGUCCCAAAGCCGUUCCUUUAUGAGCAACUUCUCAAAACAUAAGAGACACGGGAAGUCACGGUCAAAGUCUCAGAGCACGGAUAUAGAGGAAGAAGGACAGCAUGAGGCAUUGGGCAGAGAAACAGGACAGUCCUACAGGGGAGGCCGUCGCAGAAAGACAAUGAAACUCAGUCGGGAUCUUUCAGACCUGGUGGUUUUCACAAACUCUGUUGCCUCACAGGACAUUCUUGAUGAGGGCACUCCUGGGAAUGUCCUGUCCUUCAGUGAGACCAGGGCCCAUCAGCUGGUCCAUCACAAACCUGAGCAGUUUAUCUUGUUCAACCAGAAGCAGCUCUCCAGAAUCUAUCCAUCUGCAUAUAGGAUAGACUCCAGUAAUUUUAACCCUCAGGCUUAUUGGAACAUUGGCUGCCAGCUGGUGGCCUUGAACUACCAGACUGAAGGGCGCAUGAUGCAGCUGAACCGAGCUAAAUUCAUGGUGAAUGGAAACCAAGGCUAUCUGCUAAAGCCCCAGCCUAUGUGCAAAGGUUCCUUCAAUCCGUUCUCUGAUGAUCCCCUUCCUGCAUAUCCUAAGAAACAACUUGUUCUCAAAAUCGUUAGUGGUCAACAGUUACCUAAACCUCCGGACUCAAUGCUGGGGGACAGAGGAGAGAUCAUUGAUCCUUAUGUUGAGGUAGAAAUCAUUGGCCUACCAGUGGACUGUUGCAAGGAACAGACGAGAGUCGUUGAUGAUAACGGCUUCAAUCCGGUGUGGGAGGAGACACUGACUUUCACCGUUCACAUGCCUGAAUUGGCUUUAGUUCGUUUCCUCGUCUGGGACCACGAUCCUAUUGGAAGGGACUUUGUCGGGCAGAGAACUGUGGCAUUCAGCAGCCUGAUGCCAGGCUACCGGCAUGUCUACUUAGAGGGAAUGACAGAAUCCUCAAUCUUCGUCCAUGUAACAGUCAAUGACAUCUAUGGGAAGUGGAGCCCCCUAGUCCUCAAUCCAAGCUAUACUAUAAUGCACUUUCUAGGAGCCUCCAAGGGCCGUCAGCUACGGGGGAUCAGAGGUCUUUUUAACAAGAACCCUAAGAACUGCUCUGUGGACACCAACUCCGGCUUGCAGAUCCGGAAGCGCUCCAUCAGUGAUCACAUCCUGCGCCGGACUGCCAGCGCUCCAGCAAAGGGCCGGAAGAAGACGAAAAUGGGUUUCACUGAAGCUCAGCGCGAGAGGAAGGAUAGCGAACCUGAGGCGCACUGCAAGGCUGAGGCAGAGCCACAUCAGCACAAGAGCGUACAGUCCCGGCCUGUGUCAAUGCCUGUGGAUAAGCUACUGCAAGGAGACCUGGGUUUGUCCGCUUGUGACAGUGGGAAAACCUCCAUGGAAAAGGUUACAGAAUCUGGAAUGAGAUCUUCUGAGGUGUGCAGCACAGAAAGGCCUAGGUCUGCGUCUGUGGACCUUUUGAUUGAAACUUCCCCAACUCUUCUGUCUGAAGAUCAGCCAGUCUCCAGUAGAACCCCCAAGGAGCCAUUUUUAAGGGCUAGUGACAAACCUGAAAGAGAGCAAAUGUCUUACCUUGAAAUUGGAGGGAAUUUUCCAGAAGGAUGUGAUGAAAGCAGUGUUAGAUCUCCCAACAGAAAAUAUGGACAAAAAACUAUUAUCCCAGAAACAGAACCUGGGCACCUGGAAGCUGAGAUGGACAGAAAGGGCAGUAGUCCAGUAUGUGUUCCCACAGAGUUAAGGAAGUCCAUACCAGAGCCACUAAAGCUUGGUACAGACAACCAUCAGGUUUCUUCUAUUUCCCCCACUGACACACCAUCUAUUACCUGUGUGACAGAAUCAGGCCACCUGCUGGAUGACAGAUCCAUGCAGGACAGUACUAUCUCCCAGCUCAUUGAUGCAGUUUCUCUGGACAACGGGAAUGACACUCGUGGCUCCAUCUCUGCAUUGAUAGAUCAGUUUGACACUACAAAUGACCAGAGCAACCUCACAGUCGUUUCAAGCAUCCAGGGAGGUGGUGAUCACGCGUGUAAUUUAAUGCCACAUGUGUCAAACACAGUGAUCUGGGAGCCUAGCACACCGCAGAAAGCAGUGGCAUCUGAUACGACCAAUGGCGAUGCUCUCCUGAAUGUGAUGUCUGACACCACAUUGUUUUCCAGCCCAGAGACAACAGACCAGUCCAUUUACACCAUUCUCAAUGAAGAUUUUCUGUCUCCCGCAUCUGUGUACAACCUCCGAGACCAAACAAUCCGGAGCAUGAGGAUGAACUCAGAGCAGAGUACCCCUGUGGGCAGUUCAUGCUCUUCCCCUGUUAAAAUAUUCACUCCAAACUUCAGUCAGGAUGAGGACACUAGCUGGGGGGUGCAAAGGUGUUGCCGUUCACUGGAGAGCGCAGUGUCUGACAAAUACCAUGUGUGUCCUGACUCUGUCUGUAGCAGCCUAAUGGAAGUUGAGGUUAAUGUUGAUGAUGACUCUCAGGACUUCACAUUGACUUCACCUAAUGCAACCAGUCAGUGGACAAGUCAGUACCCUUCUCCGUGCUUAGGAUCACCGCGUGGCUGCCCUUCAAGCUCCAGUCCUCACCGAGGCACUUACUGUUUUCCAGACACCAGGACUGAGAACAGUUAUGGAAAUGUGUAUCCAAAGGCUCGAGACCAAAGCAAUUCCACUUCCCUGGUUAGCUACCCAAUAUUGGAAGGGAUCAGAAAUCAAAACGUGAAUAGGUACCACCGUGACUAUCCACGGGCAGAGCAGCUCACGGGCAGAAAAGCAAACUCCCCUCUUGAAGGGAGUCUGUAUGAAGGGAGCUCGGAUUGUUCCACGUCAUGCCACUCCACACCUUUCCAUGGUCCUGUCACUGCGAACACACAGCCUGAAGGGCUUCCAGUCCCUGGGAGGACUGGUGGUCACCUUUCCACGCACGCGGACCAAAUACCCGCCGCAUUGCACGCAGCCAGACACCCAAGUCCAAGUCCUGCCAAGUCGAAGAGCCUCGGCGAUCUGACGUCCGAGGACAUCUCUUGCAACUUUGAGAGCAAAUACAAGUACAUCAGCAGGAGCUUCGUCACCCCCCACACGAGGGAGCAGAAGAGCGUGGCCAGCCCCCCCAGCAGGCCUCAGUGCGCUGACCCUCUGACGGAGCAGCUGCGCAAGCUCGUGUCCUUCGAGCCCGGCGAGAGGAGCCGGCCCGUGCCCGCGGGCCCGCGGAGGGAGGAUCCCGGCUCCCCGAAGAUCCUGGCCCGAAAGCUGUCGUCCAGGAGCCAGAGCCGCGUGCGGCACAUCGCCAGCCGCGCCAAGGAGAGGCAGGAGGCCAGCAGGCUGAAACUCCCCGGCAGCUGCAGCACGAUGGGUGUAGUCCUGCGAAACAAACCCCCCGUGCAGAAUCCCACCAUUAACAGACACUCCACUGGCUCUUACAUUGCAGGCUACCUAAACCACGUCACCGGCGCAGGCCUGGAGGACAGAGGUUUGCCUGAGGGGUCUUGCGCGUCAUUGCAUUAUGGCUAUAAUGACCACUUUUAUGCAGAGGAUUCAGUACUGCAGGCAGAUUCUGGGCACUCUUCUGAGCCCGAGAUUUACUUUUUGCUUAGAUUGUAAAUUAAUUGUAAAGCAAAAAAAAAAAAAAAACCCUUUGGUUUCUUUUACAUUAUCUUUUUGGACACCUUUUUUUGUAUAAAUACUGUUCAUUCUUUUGAAAGUGUAUUAUAUUUUAAUAGAAAUCUUAGUCUUCCUGAUCACUAGAUGUUAUAUGGUAGGCUGUGGUGUACAUAUUAGAACACAAGACUACUGUAAUUUAUAGCUAUGAAGAAUAACUGUGAUAAUAUGCUAAAGCAAACUGCAUGUAAACUCUUUCAAGUACUGAAAAUAGCUGUCCAUGUAAUGCAUGACUAUGCACAGUCCUGGAAAAUUUUCAGUCAUGUGCAUUUUGCACAGAACUCAUUAUUCCAUGGGAUGCAAUAUGAAUUACUGCUCACUUUCUGUUAGUCAAUCAUUCCAUGUUUUUAAACACUACUGCGUAUUUUCAAGCAAAAAGGUUGAGUUAAACAAUUUUAUUUUUAUAAUUGCUUUGAUACGGGCAGCAAAAAAAUAAAAUCAUCUGGGAUUGUUAUUUUUGAUGGGACAUGAAAAAUAUCGGACAGCUCCAGUGGAAUACAGAACCAUCUGAUUUUAAUAGCAGACUAUAAAAACCGCAAUUUCUAAGUUAAAUCUUCUCCAGAGAAAAUAUACUUUGUAUGGCUUACUCAAACAGCCAUGAAGUGCACAUUUUCUUACCAAUGCAAUAAAAUUCUCAAAACUGUGAAACGCA